CCGUCUUCCCCGACGUUCCCGUAUGGGAAAUGCGGCCGCGACGUGGGGGGGGACUUCCUUCCUGCAUGUUUUCUCUCCCCCCCCCAGAGUGAGCUUUGGAAACACCCGCAGUCUGGCUCUCCUUUUGCUUCCUGCUCCCCAUCGACGCCUUCGGGGCUGCUCACAAUCAGCGCGGGACGCAUAUCCGUACGGCAGUAACGGCGCCGCAUAACACGACAGCAUGCCGCGCACUGUGAAGGUAGCCGUCAUCGGGAGCGGCCUCGCAGGCCUAACCGCCGCGUAUAUGCUUUCGACGGAGCCCCCGCAGGGCGGGGUCAAGUUUGAAGUCCACCUGUUCGAGCAAUCCUCGACUCUCGGCAUGGACGCCCACUCCGUCUCCAUCCCGACGGGCGGACACGGCCACGAAAGUCGGAUCGACGUCCCCAUGCGUUCCUUCCAGGGCGGAUACUACCGCCGCCUGAUCGCGCUCUACCGCCACCUCGGCGUCCGCUUCCGCCCCACCGACUUCUCCUACUCCUUCUCCUUCCUCACCAGCGACAGACGGAUUACCACCAGCCUGAUCUACAACGGCGCGUCCGGCCUCCGUGGCCUCGGUAUCGCCUCCUCCCUGCGCUCCAGCGACAAACACAACCGGCCCCUCGACCGCCUCCGAGCCGCAGCGUCGACCUACCUCUCCUUCGCCCUCCUCUGCCUCCUGUUCCUCUGGAACUACGUUCGACUGGUCGCAUUAUCCGCGCCCGCCUUUCGUCCACGCGACGCGCACCGUAUGUCCUUCCGCGCGUGGUCCGACGCGACCGUCCCCCGUGCGCCGCUCGCGCGCUGGCUCGGCCUGGACGCGCACUGGCGCGCCUUCACGCGCGAUACCCUCGUCCCGCUCUUCUCGGCCGUCUGCACCGCGUCCGCGACCGACGUGCUCGACCACCCGGCCGAAGAAUUCCUCGAUUACAUCUGGCUCACGCUUUUCACGCACCACUACGUCGCCUCGGACGGCGUGCGGGACGUCGUCGCCCGCCUCGCCGCGCCGAUCCACCACGUCCACCUCUCCUCCCC